AUGGCUGGAGGUUUUCUCGCUUACCACGAGCCCGGUAUUGUCGAAAUUUUGAUCAUUAUAUCAUUUUUCUUCUUUUUAUCCCUAGCGAAAUGGCUCUUUAAUAAGGUCACUCGUGCGGGCAUUAUUGGCCAAAUCGCAGUGGGAAUUAUCUACGGGAGACCCUUGGCCAAUAUCUUGGAGUAUCCAUGGCAGCAAACAUUCCUCGCCAUCGGAUAUGUUGGUUUGAUUCUGAUCAUUUUUGAAGGUGGCCUUCAAGUGAGAUUGGAUCUAUUGAAGCAAAACUUUCUUCUCAGUAUCCUGGGAGCCGCCACAGGCGUUUGCUUCCCAAUCGGACUUUCUUAUCUUUUACUAUAUUUGGGUUUCGGAUAUGGUGCAGUUGAAACUUUCAUUAUUGGAGCCGCGCUCUCUGCAACUUCCUUGGGCACUACUUUCGCCGUAAUUGCUUCUUCCGCAAGAGAGAUAGACCUUUCUCAAACCAGAGUUGGCUCCGUCCUUGUGAGUGCCGCUGUGAUUGACGAUGUGGUGGGUCUUGUGUUAUCCAGCGUCAUUGACGACUUGGGAGAACUUUCUGGUCCAGACACCAGCCAUGCCAACCUUGGCUGGAUCAUUGGUCGGCCCAUCGUGGCCUCCGCGGCCAUGGCAAUCCUCACUCCAGUUUUUACAAAAUGGGUAUUUGCACCAAUCUUCCGGCGGUGGAUUGAGUAUAAAUUUGCGAGAUUUGACCACGUCUCCAACAUUCUCCUGAUGGUCUUGGUCUUGUCGGCCUUUAUCACUAUUGCUGCCUAUUCUGGCACUUCGGUCUUAUUUGGUGCGUUCCUCGCUGGCACCUUUCUCACAUAUCUACCGAGCAAGCACCCCGAUGGUCCGUUCGUUGUGAUGAGUCGCGAAGAGGGCGAACGGAAUGCCAACAAGAGUCCCAAGUUCAUCCAUACUUUUGAGCUGUACCUCUUGGACACUCAGCAGUAUCUCAUGGAACCGCUCUUCUUUGCCAGCAUUGGCUUUGCCAUUCCCUUCGUGGAGCUCUGGACAGGUAAACGGAUCUGGAGAGGAAUCUUGUUCACGCUGCUCAUGACAUUUGCCAAGUUUGUUGUCGGGUUGUGGAUUCCUCUUUGGAAGUUGAUGGGCCCAUCAAAUGUUUCAAACCCCCAGAAAGGUUCGAUUGAGACGGAGGGUAGAUCCAGAGCCACGACCAAGUCUCCUCAAGUCGGUAAGGCCAAAAGUGGUUAUGGCUCAGCUUCACUCGCAGGAUUACUUCUUGGCUCGGCGAUGGUCGCACGAGGCGAGAUUGGCCUAUUGAUCAUAGAAGUUGGGUAUAACGAAACCAGCUACGUAAGUCAAGAAGGCUUCAUAACCGCAGUGUGGGCCAUCCUUCUCAAUACCAUCAUCGGUCCGGUCGUCGUGGGCUACUUGGUCAAAUAUCGCGGGAAACAAGUUGGAGAGGGUGAAUGGGGACUGCAGAAACAAGAACAGCCCGAAAGGCCGAAUUCCAGCGGACUCGAUGUAUAA